AUGCUCUACUCCCACCACAUCGUCGGAGAUGCAAGCUCGAUCGUGAGGUUCAUCAAAGCGUGGUGCGCCGCUGCUAAAUUCGGGAGCGACGAUGAAUUACUGUCUUCAUCCGAUUCGCUUCCGCUCUACGACCGAUUCGUGGUGAGCGAUCCAUCCGGAUUGCUGAAUCACCUCUGGAAUCAAUUGAAGAGUUUCAAAAUUGAGACGCGGCCGCUGGAAUUCCCCUUAAACAACGUCCGAUCGACGUUUAUUCUACAGAAGCGCGACAUCCAGAAACUUAGGGAUUUCGCUCAGGCGAAGAAACCGCACGUGACGCACUUAUCCUCGUUCACGAUCACGACCGCCUACGUUUGGAGCGGCUUAGCCAGAUCCAUGGCGGAAUCCGACGAGGAAGUCGCCGCCGAUGAGCCGAAGUACUUUGCCUUCGCGAUGGACGGGCGAUCGCGGACGGAUCUGCCAGUCCCCGCCGCCUACUUCGGAAACUGCGUGGGCAUGGGCUUGGUGGAAUCGACGCACGCGGAGUUGAGAGGAGGCGACAGAUUCCUGGCUGCCGUCGAGUUAAUUGGAGACGAGAUCGCAAACAAAAUGAACAAAAAGGAAGCGAAGGUGGCGAAGGGUGGAGGCAAAGACGGUGAAGAGGCGCCGGGAAGAGAUGGCGGCAAAGUAGAGGGUGGAGGCGGAGGCGGAGGCGCGUAA